UCUGGAGUGUUUUGCCCAGUCUGUUUCUUUUUGUUUGACGUUUUAGGAUAUGGAAGUUUUGCAGAAUCCCGAUGGCGAAACUCAUAAAUAUAAGCCAGGGGGGCGUUUGGACAUGAAUCACGGUUUUCUCCACCAUAUCCGGAGAAACCAGAUAGCCAGGGAUGAUUAUGACCGGGAAGUGAAACAGGCCAAAGAGCAGCAGAAGCGCAGACACACAGCGGCCCCGCGGCGACCCCGCAGACCGGAUCGGGAGGUGUACCAUCCCCGCCACCGCAGUGGCUCAGAGGCUGGGGCUGGUGGUGAGGUAGAGGAGUGGAAUGAGAGCGGCUCAAGCACAGAGCAGGAAAACACUGGCACUGAACUCUUCUGGCUCGACUACCAGGCUGACAGCGGGAUCGUAACGUCCUUCCUCGUCUAUAAGGAGGAUGAGCCAGAAAGUGUAGUAGAACGGGUGGAGCAGAAGAAUGUUCUGGACACAGCUAUGAGGGCGGUGCUGUUGGCACGAAUCAGCCGAGAAAUGGAUAAGCGGCGAGACAAGCGCUGAGGUUUAAAGGAAAAUGGAUGAUGGAUGGCCUUCUGCAACAAUAACGACUUGUAAUGUGUGAUACACAUGUGAUACACACAGUAAUACAUAACUGAGGCUGCCCCAAACUGAUAAGAACUACUGGAGCACUAAGAAAGCAAUUCAUGCAGAUGUUCUCUGUACACAGAUAUAAAGAGAAGGAGGGACGUUUCACACUUGAAAUAAGCACCACUUUCCUCAAUAUAGGAAUAUCUGGUGGUGGAAUGUACACACGCCGAAAAACAAGAAGCAGAGUGAACAGCAUUAAAGCUCUAAGUGGUCAGAGUGAUCCGAGCUCAUCCUGUUACAUCUGGAGUUCUAUCUUAUGCAGUGACUGCACAUCAUUUCACAUUAAAUGAAUCAUUUCACAUUGCGGAUUUAUUAUAAAACUUUUAUGCAGUCUUAUGAUGUUUAGCUCAGGAUUAGAAACAAACAAUUUCAGAAACUAAACAGUUAUAGUUUUUCAAUUUUAGUAGUUUUGCAGAGUAGACCACAAAUCCCAUCAUGUUUCAGGAAGAGGUGUCCCUGUACAGGUGGUGUUAAGAGGUUAUUUCAGCAUUUUUCAUACACAUGUGUCUUAUUAAUGUUUAUUUAUGAUGAUCAUGUUGUGUUUGUGAAAAAAUUGUCUUAUUGAUUUAUAGCAUUGAACUGUGUGAAUUUUUUUUAUUUUAACUAUUCAUCAUCGUUUUGUUAUAGAAAGAGAUUUUUAUUUUUGUAACCAUGUCCUCUGUGCUUAAACAUAUAAAGCAUGCUAAAGAAUCAAGUUGUUA